AUGCAGACUAUACUUCAACUUGCUGCAACUUCGGCGCUGCUGCUGGCUUCAGCUGUCUCUGCUCUGUCGAUUUCACAGCCUCUCGUCUCCGCGGCCGGUCAGCAUGGAAUUAUCCCGGGAUGGCAUCUGCAGUCUGAACGCCAUGUCUCAAGCAACCUCUCCUUCCUCUCAUCGCCUGGAGCUGACGUCUCGUCAUGGUACCGCGUGGGCUCGCGGGGCACCGUGAUGGCUGGUCUACUUGAGAACAAUGUCUACAACGAGUCACAUCUCUUCUUUUCGGAUAACUUCAAGUCUCUACCCGAUGCUGACUUCCGUGAUGUUGCCUGGCUGUAUAGGGAACAGUUCACGUUACAGCCCAUGAGUGGACAAUACUUCACCUUACAUACCCACGGCAUCUCUUCUAAGGGAGAUAUAUACCUGAACGGCCAGCUAAUUGCUUCCAAGGAUGUUCAGGCUGGUUCUUAUGCUGGUCACCAGUACGAUGUUACCAGGCAUGUCCGCAGAGGUGAAAACUGUCUAUUGAUCAAGGCUUACCAUACCAACUACCUCCGUGAUCUGGCUCUAGGCUUCGUUGACUGGAAUCCAUAUCCACCAGACAAUGGCACUGGCGUCUGGCGCGACGUCGAGUUCUCUCAAAGUGGCCCUAUCCGACUGUCUAGUCCUCGUGUGACUACUGAUUUUGUCCCGGGAGCUAAUAUAAACAGUGCGAAACUGACAGUCAAAACCGAUGUUCGUAAUAUCGGCAAACAAACUGUCACAGCUAGCAUCAGAGGAUUCAUUGAGGGAGCCUACAGUCAAAGGCGACCAAUCUCCGCUCCUUUUACUCUAAAUCCUGGUGAAGGGAAAACAAUAGAAAUGAGCAUCACUAUUAAAAACCCUAAGAUAUGGUGGCCGGCUUCAUGGGGUGAUCAACCCCUCUAUACCGCCCAGAUAUCUGCCUUUAUCGGUAGGAGCAGGUCUGAUGGGCCAAAGAGACGCAGAUUUGGCAUUAGACAUAUUGAAUCUAGAGUAAACGACCAAGAUACCGUGGAGUUUAAAGUUAACGGCAACCCGUUCUUUGUCAUGGGUGCAGGAUAUUCUUCCGAUAUUUUUCUACGGUUUACCGCUGAAAGAAUUACAGCCAUAUUCCAAUAUAUUCUGGACAUGGGUAUGAAUACCGUUCGUCUUGAGGGCAAACAAGAACAUCCAGAACUCUACGACAUUGCAGAUAAAAUGGGACUAAUGAUCAUAAGCGGCUGGGAGUGUUGUGACCACUGGGAAGGAUGGACAUACAACACUGAAGGCUUUGGACAACCUUGGACUGAGGUGGAUUAUCCAAUUGCCAACUCUAGCAUGCUACAUGAGGCCGAGAUGAUGCAAACUCAUCCUAGCGUACUUGCUUUCCUAGUUGGAUCAGACUAUUGGCCGAAUGACCGAGCCACCAAGAUCUAUGCUGACGCCCUCAAGCGUAUGGACUGGAAUGCCGCCGUAAUCUCUUCAGCUGCAAAGCGAGGUUUUCCCAAGCUUCUAGGCCCCUCUGGUAUGAAGAUGGACGGUCCAUAUGACUGGGUGCCUCCGUCAUAUUGGUAUGGUGACAAACUUGGUGCUGCAGGGGCUGGUGGGUUUGGUUCAGAGCUCGGGUCUGGUGUAGGUACACCUGAGAUUCGUAGCUUGAAAAAGUUCCUCUCCGCGGAGGACAUGAAUGAUCUAUGGACCCAACCGAAUAAGAUUCUUUAUCACAUGUCUGCUGGGGUGUCUCAGUUCCGUGACCGCGGAAUUUACAAUAAGGCCCUUUACGCUCGAUAUGGCGAGCCAAAGAGCCUGGAGGACUAUUCCUUGAAAGCUCAGCUUAUGGACUAUGAGGCAACUCGUAGUGAGUAUGAGGCGUACGUGGCAUACAAGAGUAAUAGUAAUCCAACAUCUGGCCUAAUCUACUGGAUGUUGAACCCCGCCUGGCCAAAUCUACACUGGGCUCUCUUUGAUUAUUAUUUGAAACCUAUGGCUAGCUACUUUGGAACCAAGACAGGAGCACGCAUUGAGCAUGCUGUGUUUGACUAUCGGGAAAAGGUUGUCUACCUGAUAAAUCAUUCUCUUUCCCGAAGCGGUGCUCGUAGCGUUACUGCGGAUCUCAUUGAUAUCGACGGUAAGUCGAUGGGUCACAGCAUUACGAAGGCAAAUACUAUACCACUCAGGUCUCAGAAGCUUUCCAACAUUUCUGGCUUAGAUAAGGUCAAGGACGUUGCCUUUCUUCGUUUGCUUCUUAAAGACAAUACAGGCAAAGCACUAAGCCGAAACGUUUACUGGCUUCCGCAAAAAGAAGACGUGCUUGAUUGGGGCAAUUCUACCUGGUACCACACGCCAGUUACUAAGUACGCUGAUCUGAAAUCAUUAAGCAAGCUACGCAAGGCGAAUGUCAACGUCGACGUUAGCAUCCAUGGUCGAAAAAAGCUCCGCGUCACUCUGCAGAAUCGAUCCAGUCAUCCAGCUUUCUUCAUACGGCUUAGUCUCCUAGAUAAGGCAACUGGUGACGAGGUAACGCCUGUGUUCUGGGAAGACAACUAUGUGACUUUGUGGCCACACGAGAGACUGGUCCUGGAGGUUACUUAUCCGAGGACAAAUAAGGUUGAGCUUGAGGUGUCUGGGUAUAACGUGGAGAAGAAGAUGGUAUAG